ACUAGAAUAGGAGGGUACAAGGCAAUAUAGGCUAGUGUGUUGUACCCAGGGCUGACGUUUCAAAAAAAACCACCCUGAGCUGUCGAAUGGGGAAAAUUUUUUACCCUGAGGGCCUAGUGUUGGUAUUUUGACUUCCCUGAUUUCUCAGCUGACGUUUCAAAAAAAACCACCCUGAGCUGUCGAAUGGGGAAAAAAAUUUACCCUGAGGGCCUAGUGUUGGUAUUUUGACUUCCCUGAUUUCUCAGUGUUCUGGAACUUACAACCCUGAAACCUCCAGGGUUGGCUUGCAACAAUCAGGGUUGCAUGAUUUCCACACCCACAGCCUCUCUCCCCUCUAUGGGCUCUCUCCACAACCACUCCUCUCCCCUCGACUCCUCUAGCUCUAAACGCGUACAUAAUCCGAGUAGAUCAUUACAUUUUCUUCACCAGUUUCUUGCUCUGCAGUAGUUCCGCUCUCUCCAUCACUCUCUCGUUUCGUAGUCCUGAGCUCACGCGUUUACUCUCAUCAGACGCUCUUUAACCUGCUCUAGAGACCUUCUCCAGCAGCUCUUUAAACUGCGUCGUAGUAACAGCCGUCUCACGUCGUCACCAGCACUUACGAUGGCGACAAACUCGGCGCUGAACGUCAACCAGACCGCCAUCUACGACCGACGACCGAACUCCGACACCAGGAGGCUCCGUACGACCACGCAAGGCUUCAGUGCGUUCUUCGCUGCGUUAAAGAUUGGUAGAUUCGAAAAGGACGCCAAGGACCCGCAGGGCAGGUCCUUCCGUCGGCCACUUGGAUUCUCUCCCCUGCGUCCAGCGGCUGUGAGUCCAGCAAAGAAGGCUGCUGCUCAAGUCGCUAGCGAGCUGCCACAGAAGCAACAACAGACGACAAUACAGCAGAAGGUCAAGCAACGGUCUCAAAAAAUGGUUUCGCUGUCUGCGAUUUCAAGCAUGCCUUCAAGAAUCCCAAAGCCUGUGAGCUCAAGAACGGCUUUAAUGGUUCCUGAGGCGAGAUCUACCAGCAGCAGCAGGGGAAUAAGAGGACUGAUGCUGAAGGCUCUGUUGCAGAGAAGGGGUCUUCAAAGUUGCUGCAAAUGAAGCUGAUGUUUGAAGUUUCCAGAAUGACCCAGACGAGAAUUCCGGUUCAUGUUGCUGCUGUUGCUGCGUGAUUGAAGAACUGCGGAUUUCAUAUGCGCAGCAGAAGCUUCUGUUAGCUUAUUUAUUGUAGAGUUCAACUGGUUGUUGAAACUAGGUUUUGUUACAAUAAUGCAUGUGUGCUGUUCCUAUGUUGAAUCGUGUAUGAUGACUACCAUUACUUGCAGGCUAUACCACUGAAGCAAGCCUUUGAUUAUCAACUAUGCCCUUUCCAUCUCCCCCUCUCCCCUCUCUCCAUGUAUCUUCUCUUUGACUCUCUUCUCCAGACUGUCUGAACCCACUCCCUCUCACUACUUUUGAUUUUUAUGUAGCCAUCUUCCUUCCUUCGUUUUUCUCUCCCAGCUUCCUCUCUCCUUGUGUGCUCCUCUGCCUCUUCCCCGCCCACCGCUCCACUCUCUCGCUCAUACCCUCGCCCUGCUGUCAAUCAUGUCCUUGCUGUUUUUCCCUGCCAAGAUCACCACCCUCCCCCUUUCCCCAAACGUACCCCCUCCCUUUUUCAACCCAGUUCGCCUUCAUCAUUUCUCAACCUUGCCUCUUCUCUAGCCUGUUUGCUGUCUCAUCCUGCUCUCACUUCUCCCUAUUUUGGCCUUGUCUUGCCACUCACCCUUCUCCUGACCCACUCAAGUCAAGCAGGUGUUGUAUUGUAAUGAAGGGGCCAAGGCUGGUUCGCAGUUUCUCAUCUCCCAGCACCUAUUUCUUUCUUCAUCUCUGUUGUUUCUGACACCUUGCUUGUUUGAUUUCCCUCCAUUAUCUCACCUUCUCUUUCAUUCUUCCUUGCUGACCCGAAAGUGAAUGACCCGGAGCUGACCACGUCUGUGGCAUCUCCCUUCUGUACCUUUCAGGACACCUCGAAGUGACAUUCGGGCAACGUGUGGGUCAGAUGCUAAACUCCCUCACCAAGAAGUGACCUGCAACCUGACUCGGGAUUGACACCGACCCCGAAGUCACCUGUGGGCUCAUCAUAUACUGCAGACUCGGGUUCAAUACCCACCGGCAUCAAAUGUCCCAGAUGGGGCAUCGCAAUAAAUCACCUUUUCUCAUCGCAAAUAGAUUUUUUGUAUCAUCACUUCGUAGGAAAGGCAGUCAUGGGAAAAUUUGUUAGAAAGAUGUUGGGCUGAUAAAAGCCCUUGGGAUCUUUUUCAGAGACUAAGUCCCAGCUGUAGAGACUUGAGACCUUGAGUAGUGCAGCGGAAGUUUGAGACAGUUGAACCCUUGUACUAGUAUGUGAGAACAAGUGAUU